CGAAGAUGACAAUGAAGAGAAUCUGAAUUUCUGAUAAUCGGAUUCGUGAAAUUGUCAGAGCAGAAGCAGCAUUAUCCACCAUCCAGAAAUUGAAAAUUCAACAGUAGUUGAGAUAGAAUUCGAGAACUUCAAGACACUCUACAAUAAGAGUAUCUCGGACAAUAGUGACACAACUUCACCGAAGGUGUGACAAAGAUUGAUACAUACAAUCCCAAUUCAGGACCUUUAAACAGCGAACUCCACUUAAUUUUCUUGAACUCUUUGAAUUUCGAAGCGUUCAAGGAAUUUAAGAUAUUCUAUAAUGAGGUAGUUUGAAACACUGUCACACCCAAUCCCACUGAUCUGGUUACGAAGACUUGCACAUACAAUUCCAAUGCAAGUGUUCCGAAAACUGAAUCCAACUGGAUUUCCUUGAAUUUCCAAUAGCUGGAUGAUGAAUAUAUCUCCUAAACUGAUCAUUUUGAUGAGUUUCUUUGUACCUUCAGUCAAAUAUAGAUGAAUCAAAUGUUUGGAAUUGUUAAUUCUAGAUUUUAUUUUGAUUCAUACAUGAUUCUAUAUUAUUCUAUAAUAUUGUAUAUGUACGUGUUGUAACAAAGUUAUACUUGCAAUGUAAAAUGUUGUCAAAGCUAUGAUUUUAUAAUCAAAGUAUAUAUUUACAAUUAGUUUUUUUAUUUUUGAAUAAAUAUUAAUAAAAUUGUUCAAAAAAAAUAAAACAAUGACAUUUUGUUUAUGAUAUAUAUAAGUGUAGACCUAUUUAGGCGACGCUAAGUGUUGUAGAAAAUGAAACAGAUCUCUAGAAUACGAUGUUCUAGUUUUAACAACAUGUGUGGUUCAUAUUAAUAUGAAAAAAAUGAUUCAAACAUGAACAAGUUAAAUUUUUAUACGAUCCGGACUCAUAUUGAGUCAAAUAAAGGCUUCACUUGAGUAGAUUGCUUGAUAAUGAUUGCAUUCCAAUGUUAUUUAUAUAUGAAUCCGUCGUAAAUUAUACGAAUAGUCAAUUUGAAAACAAGAACACAUCAACAAGACAUCAUAGGAAUAAUAGUAGAUAAGGAACGAGAUGCGACUUGCGAUCUUAGCAGAUGUGGGUGUGGGUGUGAGUGGGUGUAGGUGUGGGUCUUCCUUUAAACUUCACCCAUAUUCACACCCAUCCCGCCCUCACACUCACACACAGCCCACCUUCACAUUCACACCCACACCCUUACCCAUGUCGUAUAAUUGUUAUACAUAGUGAAGAAAUCAAUUAGUUUUGUAUUCAAUGUCAUUCUCGGCCAUAAAUGCAAGUAUUUAAUUUUAAAAUUGAAUUUAUUCAUCAAUAUUGUAUCCUUUUGAAACUAAAAUACAAAAAUUACAUAUAUUAUUAUUAGAUCGAAGAAUUGUUUCAUUAUUUCAUUUAAAUCAACAAUUACAAAUUUUCAUUGUUCAUUUUUUCAGAUUUCUAUUUAUACGGCAAAUUCAAACUAAAUUGUUAUGAUUAUCAUGAAUAACGAUAAAAACAGUACUGUUUUUCCAUAUCAUUAUAAAAUUGAAAUUAUUAGGACGAAAGAUCGAACACCACCAGUAUUAAUUGAUUUUUCAAUAGCUAACUAUUUACCAAAGAGUUUACUUUUAACGAUUCUUGAAAAUAAUGAUAAAAAUAUUGAUGAUACAAAAAAAAACACAAAUGUUGAAGAAGAGUCAUUGAAAUUUAGUGAUAUAGGCCUGACAUUAUUUGAUCAUGUCUUUUUUUUAGAACAACAAACAAAAUGA